CGGCGGCGGGCCGGGGCCGGGGCCGGGGCCCGGCAUGGAUGGCCGCGACUUUGCGCCGCCGCCACAUCUGCUGUCGGAGCGCGGGAGCCUGGGCCACCGCAGCGCCGCAGCCGCUCGCCUGGCACCGGCUGGGCACGCCGCACAGCCCCCGGCGCACUUCCAGCCCGGAAAGUACUUCCCGUCGCCGCUGCCCAUGGCUUCACACACAGCCAGCAGCCGCCUCGUGGGGACCACUCCGGCCUCCCCUUUCAUGGGCAGCUUCCUCUCCGGCAGCCUGGGCUCCGCAGCCCCUGCGCACCCCAGCGGCCCCAGCCCGUCCCCCUCGGAGCAGGCCUACCGGGGCUCCCACUCCGCCACCUCCCAGAUCUGGUUUUCACACUCCCAUGAAGCUCCAGGGUACCCCAGAUUUUCGGGGAGUCUGGCAUCCACCUUCCUACCCAUGAGUCACUUGGAUCACCAUGGAAACAGCAACGUUCUCUAUGGGCAACACCGUUUCUAUGGAACCCAGAAAGAUAACUUCUACCUGCGCAACCUGCCCCCUCAGCCCACGCUCCUGCCCACCAACCACAACUUCCCCAGCGUGGCCCGGGCCGCCCCUGGCCAUCCCAUCGGCUCCUGCAGCCAUGACCGGGGCGAGGCCAGCACCCUGCAGAAGGGCGCCAAGGAGUUCGACCGCUUCCUCAUGGGCAAAGAGCUGGGCAAGGAGAGGGCCAGCAAGGUGGCAGAGGGCAAGGAGCGGCUGGCGGUGGAGGAAGACAGUGGCAAAGACCGACGCAAGCUGGUGCUCCCUCUGCCGGCCGACGGUCCCUGCAAGGAGGGCACGGCGCCCAGGGGCCCCUGCGAGGGCCGCCCCAAGCACCUCACCUCCUGCCUCCUCAACACCAAGGUGCUCAACGGCGAGAUGGGCAAGGCUGCGUUGGCCAGCUGUGCGGGCGGCAUGCUGGUGCGGCCCGGCGUGGGUGUGGCGGCCUCCGGACGUUGCACCAAGGAGGCGGCGGGGCCUGUGGAGCCGGGGCAGGCCUUCAGCGAGUGCCUGGAGCGGCGGCAGAUGCUCCAUCACGCCGUGUCCUACACGGUGCCCUCCGGCCUGCCCGCGGGGCCACCCCCGCCCCUCAGCACGGCUGCCGGCUCCUUCCCCUGCCUGCAGCUCCAUGCCGGCCCCGAUGGGCUCUGCCCGCUGCAGGACAAAGUCCCCCGGGACCUGAAGGCCAGCGGGCCCACCUUCGUGCCUUCCGUGGGACACCUGGCAGACAGCAGCCGCUCCUUCCAGGCGGCUGAGGCCUGUGCCGUGGCAGGUGAGGGCAAAGAGCGGCACCUGGAUGGGACCUUGGCUCCUGAUCAUGCGGCGCCCUAUGGGGUCUCCUAUGCCCACUUGAAGGCUGAGGGCAAGGGUGAGCGGCGGCCUGGGGGCUUCGAGGCGGCCCUCACCCCACGACUAAAGGGCCUGGAGUAUCUCCGCAGCGCAGGCCCCGAGGCUCCCUUCCCGGGGCUGCCCACAGGUGGGCUGGACAAAAGCAACUACUUCGAGCUGCCCACCCCCUCCCAGGACUGUGUCCGGCCAAGUCACCCAGACCCUCUGGGCGGGAAGGUCACCCAGGCCUGCUGCACUUUAGACAAGAGCGCCAGCAAGGAGGCCCCCACAGGUCCCCACGGGGCCCAGAAGGUGGCCCGGAUCCGGCACCAGCAGCACGUGGUGGCCUCUGAGGUGGAGCCGGGGGUCAGUGGGGCCGAGGCCAAGCGCAAGGCCGUGGAGCUGGCAUCUCUGGGCUAUGGUGGGCCCCAGCUGCCCCCGUGGAGUGUGCAGUCGGGCCAGGGCGCCACCAUGGCCAUCGGUGAGGAGCGCAAGGGCGGCGCCUACCUGGACCCCUUUGGCGGCGGCCUGCAGCAGGCCGCCCUCCUCCCCCAGGACCUGCCCACCCCGCCCGAUGAGGUCUCGGCUAUGAAGAACCUGCUCAAGUACAGUAACCAGGCGCUGGUUGUCGGCCAGAAGGCUCCCUUCGUGGGCUUGGGUGGCCCCAAGGCCAGCUGUGCCCAGCAGGAUGUGAAGUUCCCAGUCUCCAAGGGCCCAGGCCAGGCCCCCGGGGAGGUAGAGAGGCCCGACUGUGCCCGAAGCCGGGAACACGAUACGCCGCACAGCGAUGGAGAGGUUCGGCAGCCACCUGUGGGCAUCGCGGUGGCCUUGGCCCGGCAGAAGGACACGGUGAGCCGGCCAGAGACGGCCUACGGUGCCAACACGGGGCGGCAGGGCCGCGCAGCCCCUGCCUUCAAAGCUGGUGGUGGGCCCCGUUCCACCCACGCACUGAACCUGGAGGCCGAAGAGGAAAGGGCCCGCCUGUGUGAGGACCGCCUGGGGCUGGCCAGCCGGGAGCUGCUGCUGCAGGACAGCAAGGACCUCAUGGAAUUCACCAGGAUGCACCCGUCCGGCGGCUGCCCCGGAGACCUAGCCCCUCACCUCGUGAUCACCGGCAGCUCCUCUCUGCAGAGCGGCCAGCUGGGCGGCGACCCAACCCCCCAUGCUCACCCUGCCCACGCCCCCUGGCUGCCCCGCACCCGCAGCCCCUCCUUGUGGAUGGGGGGACACUCCUAUGGCCUCGGGCACCCCGCCCUGCACCAGAACCUGCCUCCCGGCUUCCCCGCCUCAGUGCCCGGCUCCAUGCCAUCGGUCUUCCCCCUGUCCCAGGACGCCCCGGCACAGCUGGUCAUCCUGCCCUCAGAGCCCACGCCCCACACCGCCCCCCACGCACUUGCUGAUGUCAUGGACCAGGCCUCGCUGUGGCCCCCCAUGUACGGGGGCCGGGGCCCCACCUCCCACAUGCAGCACCCUGGCCAGCUCCCCGUCUACUCGCGGUCCCAGUUCCUGCCACAACAGGAGCUCUACACCCUACAGCAGCCACAGCAGCGGGCCGCCCAGUUCCAGCGGAAGCUAGAGGACCAGCCCCUGGAACUGGAGGAGCCCACCCAGGAGAAGGCCCUGAAGUCCACCCACAAGCCACUUGCCUUAACCCCCAUGGCCAAGGGCGCCCCCUCACCCGCCACCGCAGGCCCUGCCAAGAUGUCACCCUGCUGCCACUCUCCCACCCUGAAGCCUCCUGCCAGCUGCCCCACACCGCCGCCUCCACAUCCUGGCGCCUCGUGCACUUUAUCCGUCUGCCCGACCGGCAGCCCCAGGCCUGGCUCCCAGCUGCCCAGCGCCGAGGACAAGAGUGGGGAGGGCCGGCGGGCCAGAGCCAACCUCAGCACGUUGGACCCAGACCUGCCUCCUGGACACAUGUGCCCCACGGCCAGCUCGGGCUUCUCCUUGCCCCCCAGCGUGCACUCAUCUGACCUCUCGGACCCCGAUACUAUGCAAACUGCCACCCCCAGGGCCCAGCCUGAGCCAGUGAGGACGUUCCCGCCAGGGGAGCCACCCCCCCAAAGCCCCCAGAGCCUGGAGGAGCCUGGGCUGCCCUCAGGGGCCAGAGAGACCACCCAGGACCUUGCUGCCACCCCCCACCCUGCCGAGCAGGGGCCCCUGGGGAAGACAGUGGACCCCAGCCCACUGGAAGGGCUACAAGAACUGCGAUGUGGGGCCCUCCUCGAGGGAGGAGGCCCUGAGGCCACUGGCAGGGCUAAUUCUACUCAGGGAGGGGCCCGAGAGGAAAGGACCAGGGGGCAGGGCAGGGAGGAGGGGGAACAAGGGCCCUUGGAGGCGGCCGGUCCCCAGGGCCUAGGGCAGCAGACGGGGAGCCCCUGUGCCUUGAAUGAGGCCAGGCUGGACGAGCGGCAGGCCCCUGGGGGGGCAGGCCUGGGGGAGGAUGAGGAGCUAGAGGAGGACUGGGGGUCAACUCCCGACGACAGCCACCCGCCCAGGGUGCUGCCGGGCCUGGACGCCCUUGUGGCAGCCACCAUUGACCUAGGGGACCUGCCCGGCAUCAGCCUGCUGGACCCUCAGCCCCCCGCUGUCCCUGGGCCGCCGAGCACAGUCCUCCGGCCCCAUAGCUCAGGGAUUCAUGGCAUCGCCCUGCUCAGCGAGCUGGCCGACCUGGACAUCCAGCCACAGAGGAGUGAGCCAGCCCUGGCAGAGGAGGACAUGCUGGCCUUCAAUCUGCAGCGUCUGGCCACGCUGGCCUCAGCCUGGUCCCUGGUGGAGGCCGCUGGCCUGGACCACCCUGCCUCCUCAGCCCAGCCCCCUGCUGCCAACGCUUGCAGGGUUCCCACGCUCACCCCCCGAAUGCAGAUCCUGCAACGCAAGGACACCUGGACCCCCAAGACCAAGCCUGUGUGCCCGCUGAAGGCUGCCAUCGACCAGCUAGACACACAAGAGGUAGAGAUGCGUGUGCGGUUGGCGGAGCUGCAGAGGCGUUACAAGGAGAAGCAGCGGGAGCUGGCCCGCCUGCAGCGCAGGCACGACCACGAGAGAGAGGACAGUUCAAGGAGCCCCGCGCGGCGAGGGCCAGGCCGGCCAAGGAAACGCAAAUACUCCAGCUUGCUGCCUGCCCUGCGUCCUGGGGGCCAGCUCCCCAGGGCAGAUGGCAAGAAAGUCAAGGCAGUGCGGCCCAGCCUGAGCCUGCUGUGCCCCGAGCUGCGGGGUGCUGAGGAGCCCGUGAACAAGCGAAGUGGACUGGAGAAGGGCGUCUGCGUGGGCCUGCAGCCCGGCUCUGCGGAGAAGGUUCGGUGCAAGAAGAGCCGCAGUCAAGCUGAGCUGGCAUCCACAGUGGCCCACAAGGUGGCCCAGUUGAAGCCAAAGGUUAAGAGCAAGGGGCUGCCCGCCGGCCUCAGCCCGUUUCCAGGGGGGCGUGUCCGGAAGAAGCUGUCUCGAGCCAAGAGCACCAAGGUGACUGGGGCAGGCCGGCAUGCACAGCCCGGUGGCGAUGACGGCGGCAGGGAAACACCCAAGUUCCCGGCCCAGACAGCAGUGGCCACGGCACAUGAGACAGGCAGUGGCUAUGACAGCGAGAACUGCGAGGGCCUCUUGGGGACAGAGGCACCCCCAAAGGAGUCCGGGCUGGCACUGCAUGCUGGGGCCAGCGUCGCUGUGCUGGGGCCUUCACCCUCCUCCGUGGUCAAGAUGGAAGCCAACCAGAAGGCGAAGAAGAAGAAGGAGCGGCAGGGCUUGCUAGGGGCCUGCCGCCUGUCCAGCCCAGAGAGCGAGGUCAAGAUCAAAAGGCGGACAGUGAAGGCCAAGGUGGGCACCAAGCUGGAGCGGGCCACGGCGCGCAGGCCCCCAGGGGCAUCAAGCAAGAAGAAAGCCAAGGGCAAGGCCAAGGGUGGCCUCCGGACAGAGCCAGGGGCCGCGCCCAGCAGGGAUGCCCUCUUCAGCCCCACCCGGACCUACACUUGCCGCAAGGAAGGCAGCAAGCUGGCCAGUGAGCGCCUCAAGAGAGCCACGCGCAAGAGCACAAUGCUCCAGCCAGGACUGCGGCGGAAGAACGGGAACUUGUCCAUCGCCCUGUCUCCCCUCAACGCCAAGGCCAUCCUGGGGAAGGGCAGGAAGGCGGGCAGGAUGACAAGCAAGGCCGUCGGCAAGCAGGGCAAGGGCCGGGCGGUCAGCCGGCUGCUGGAGAGCUUCGCUGUGGAGGACGACUUCAAGUUCGACGACAGCAGCAGCUUCUCAGAGGAGGACGAGGACGAGGACGGGGACGAGGCCAGUGAUCCCCCGAGUGCAGAGCAGAGCGCCGCCCUGGCGCGCUCGUGCACCAUCCACAAGGAGGAUCUGCAGGACGGGCUGCCUGUUCUCAUCCCCAAGGAGGACAGUCUGCUGUACGCGGGCAGCGUCAGGACCCUGCAGCCCCCUGACAUCUAUAGCAUUGUCAUUGAGGGCGAGAGAGGCAACCGGCAGAGGAUCUACUCACUGGAACAGCUGCUGCAGGAGGCGGUUCUGGAUGUCCAGCCGCAGUCCAGCAGGUACCUCCCUCCUGGCACAAGGGUCUGCGCCUACUGGAGCCAGAAGUCCCGUUGUCUUUACCCAGGCAACGUGGUCCGAGGUGCCUCCAGCGACGAGGAGGAGGACGCAGACUCCGUGAUGGUGGAGUUUGACGAUGGGGAUACCGGCCACAUCGCCGUCUCAAACAUCAGGCUGCUGCCUCCAGACUUCAAGAUCCAGUGCACAGAGCCCUCGCCCGCCCUGCUUGUGUCCAGCAGCUGCCGGAGGUCCAAGAAAGCUUCCCCCGAGGCGCCCCCACCCAGUGAGCCCACUGCCCCCAGCCUGUCCCCCAAGGUGCACGACAGCCCCGAAGCCGCAAAGACCCCAGGGAAGAAAUCCGUCAGCAAAGACAGAGCUGGCAAAGCAGAGCUCCUAACUGCAGGUGCCAAGCCCCCCUCGGGAGCCUCAGACCACUUCCUGGGCCGCAGGGGCAGCCCGCUGCUGAGCUGGUCGGCGGUGGGGCAGACCAAGCGGAAGGCCGUGGUGGCGACAGCAGGCGGCAAGGGGCCCGGCGCGCUGCAAAACCUCUUCCAGCUCAACGGCAGCGCCAAGAAGCUCCGCGCCCGAGAGGCACUGUUCCCCGUGCACAGCGUGGCUGCGCCCGUGUUCGGCAACGGCUUCCGCGCCGACUCCUUCAGCAGCCUGGCCAGCUCCUAUGCACCCUUCAUCGGUGGGGCGGGGCCGGGCCUGCCCGGUGGUGCCCACAAGCUGCUGCGGGCCAAGAAGGCCGAGCGGAUGGACGCCGAGAAGGGUGGGCGGCGCCGGGCGGGUGGCGAGUUCCUGGUCAAGCUGGACCAUGAGGGCGUGACCUCCCCCAAGAACAAGAACUGCAAGGCGCUGCUCAUGGGCGACAAGGACCUGGGGCCCAAGCUGGGGCGCCCCCUGCCCAGCCCCAGCUAUGCGCACCCAGCCCUCGGGGGCAAGGACAGGAAGGGGCGGGCACCCGUCCACCCACUGCCCAUGGGGCUGGCACUGCGCAAGUUUGCGAGCCAGGCCGAGUACCCGCUGCCCUGUGACAGUGACUGCCAUAGCUCCUUCUCGGAAGAGGAGGAGGACGGGCCCGGGCUGGCUCCCGGCGUGCCCUCCCGCUUCCUCGCCCGCCUGGCCGUGUCCUCGUCGUCCUCGGGCUCGUCCACCUCAUCCUCCUCGGGCUCCCUAUCGACCUCCAGCCUCUGCUCCUCGGAGGACGAGGGCUCCUCUUAUAGCUCGGACGACGAGGACCCCGCCCUGCUGCUGCAGACCUGCCUCACCCACCCCGUGCCCACCCUGCUGGCCCAGCCCGAGGCCCUGCGCUCCAAGGGGGGUGGCCCCCAUGCGCACGCCCAGCGCUGCUUCCUGUCCAGGACCGCCGUGGCUGGUGGGGCUGUGGGCGCGGGCCCCAGCGGCAGCAAAGCCAGGCUCAAGCGCAAGGAGGCCCUGAGCUUCAACAAAGCCAAAGAGGUUUCGCGGAGGCAGCGGCUGCCGUCCGUGGAAAACCGGCCAAAGAUCUCAGCCUUCCUGCCUGCCCGGCAGCUCUGGAAGUGGUCAGGGAGCCCCACGCAGAGACGUGGCAUGAAGGGCAGGGCCAGGAAGCUGUUCUAUAAGGCCAUCGUCCGGGGCAAGGAGACACUGCGUGUCGGGGACUGUGCCGUCUUCCUGUCGGCCGGCCGUCCCAACCUACCCUACAUCGGCCGCAUCGAGAGCCUGUGGGAGUCGUGGGGCAGCAACAUGGUGGUGAAGGUCAAGUGGUUCUACCACCCCGAGGAGACCAAGCUGGGGAAGCGGCAGAGCGAUGGGAAGAACGCGCUGUACCAGUCCUGCCAUGAGGAUGAGAACGACGUGCAGACCAUCUCCCACAAGUGCCAGGUCGUGGGGCGCGAGCAGUAUGAGCAGAUGACACGGAGCCGCAAGUGCCAGGACCGGAGGGACCUGUACUACCUGGCGGGCACCUACGACCCCGCCACGGGGCGCCUGGUGACAGCCGAUGGCGUGCCCAUCCUGUGCUGAGCCUUCGCUGGCCCGGCGGUGCCAUGGUGGCCAGGAGGACGCCGGCCAGGUGGCACCACCCCAACCCCGCCGAGCGGGAGGUGGGGCAAGUGAGCAAAUAUGCAAACCCACCGAUGCAAGAUCCAGGCUUUUGUAUUAUUUUCCCUGGAAAGAGAGCUCCUGGGCACCGGAAGCCAGUCCCACCAGCCCACACGGAGGGUCAGCUGUGCCCCCACGGGGCACCCCGCCGCCCGCUCUCUGUUUUCCCGCACCGGCAGUUCACGAGAGAUUAGAAUCCAAGCCAUAUUUUCCCUAGUACCUCCGACUGUCUCCCACCAGGGAAAGCAGAAAUCAGGUGUGUUGUCUAUUUAUUUCUCUGUGUAAAUAUUGUAUUUCUGCGGGGAAGUUUUAUGGAAAAAAAAGUGGAAAAGGAUUUCUUUUCCCCACAUGCGUGACAAGGGCGUGUGUAUGCGUGUGUGCGUGUAUGUGUGUGCGUGUGUGUGCGUAUGAGUCGGGAUUUUGUUCUGGGGAGUUUUCUUUGAAAAUGCACUGUUUUCCUCAGCCUAGCUGAGUUCUGACUGGGGCGUCUGUGACGACAGAGGCAGCCGGGGGCCGGAGGCCACAGGAGGGGUCGGAGAGGACCCUAGGUUACACCCACUGAUCUCUUGGACUGUGUAAGAUGGAAGUCACGCUCGAGUUUAUUCCCUUUUAAUCCAUCUCCUGGGGAAAAAAGUAUUGGGGGGAGGGUUCCACGAUGAGGGUCCCUCGGGAAGAGGAGAUUCCAGAAGCUAAAAUGAAAACCAGGAGUGUCGCCCUGGAGUGUGACAGCAGCCAUAUGUAUCUUACCUCUGUUUAAAACAAAACAAAAAUGAACAAAUAUUUUAAAGUAUUGAUAUGAAAAAGUGAUGUUUUGAUUUUAUUUCUCGAAUAUUCCAAGUUAUUUCUGAUUUCCCUUUGUCUGGCAUCCACUCAGAGCAGGGAAGUGAUCAACCCCGCCAACACGUGUGGGGGUUUCUGGGCCUUUUCUGUGGCCACUUGGCAGAGCCGGUGGCCUGGCAGCUGGUGCUUAGACAAGAACAGGGGUCUCUCCUGCCCACACCCUGGCCUCGCAUGCAGGGAGCAACCGCUUGGGGCUGUUCACCCGCAUCCAGCUCCCUGGGUACCAUGGUACUGGGUGGGGCCCCUAGACCCUCAGCAACCGCCCCAUAACCCCAGACAACUUGUCACCUCUUCACUUCUCCUGAGGCCAAGAGGGACAGACAGGGCAAAUGAGACCUGUGGCCCAACGGCCUUGUCCCCAAUAGGCACUAAUGGCCACAUGCUCCCCGUUUCCCACUGCACAAGGCUCUCCUGGUCCCUCUGGGAGCCCCAGGAAAGUCUCCACACACACGUCAGCCGCUGCUCCUUGGGACGAGCUCUUGUGUAACCCACAGACAUAGCCCAAGUCCCCAGGAAAUGGAUGUUGGUGGGUGCCUGGCACCCCAACCCCAGCACCUAGUCCCCCUUUCUGUCCAACCAUCCCAGCCCCACCUGGUGGGCCCCUCCUCCCACUCCUGGCACCUCCAAGGGAAGUGCAGGGCUUGGGAGGGGUUCCCCUGCACCUCAGCUUACCUCUCCCAUCCCGACUCUCCCCUUUGUCUUGGCACGAGUGCAAUAUGUCAUUGUCAGUGGUCGUCCGGGACACGACGGGGGAAGCAGAAAGAUGAUGGAGAAGGCGAGGCCGGGAGCCCAGGUGGACAAUGGGGAUGGCCCAGCCACAGAAAUUAGAGUCUAAGGCUAUUUGCAUCCCAAGCACCAGGCCGGAGAGCAAGGAAGGGCACCCUUUCCUUGGCCCUCUUGUCGAUUCUUUUCCCUCUUCUGCUGGAUUAUGUCUGUCCUUCACCUUCUCUCCCCUUUCCCUCUGUGCGUGUGAUGGCGUGGCCCCUCCCCCCACCUGGCGCAACCUGACAGAAGCACGGCUAUUGUAAAUGUGUAAACUAAGAGGAGGGUUGGGGUUUUUUUUUCAAUGUAAACACUAAAAACAAACAAAAAACACAAAGGUUUUAUGAACAGCAAACUCUAUGUAAAGGCAUUUUAGUAUUAAAUUUUUUAUUGAUAACUUGCUUAAGAAUAAAUAUAUGAACUAUUG